CCAAGUCUUGUUCUUUUAUAAUAAUACUUCCAUUUCUCCAACCCAAGUCAACCAUGAGCGGCCUUAGCAAGCUCGGAGCUACGCUUAUUGUAGUUUUCAUACUCUGUUUUCUAGUUCUCAUCGCAGACCUCGUUUACGUCAUCUGGCGACGGCGCCGUUUUCAACGACGGACCUUCUCACCCGGAGAAUCAGUUGCCACCACCGGUGAUGACUCAACCUACGCUCUUUCCUCUAAAGAACUUCUUUACUUCUUCUGCUGGAACAACAACCGGGCUCGGAUCGAGCCCAAUAUUACCAACAAUCGACCCGACCCGAACAAUAACACAACUACUCAGACGGCGCUUGAGGUGGACGAAUUGUUGAGGCUUCAAGAGCUUUACAGACAGACGAGGUUGCUUUUCACUAUAAAGGAGGAAGAUUUCGAAGCUGGGAAAACAGAUCAGGAGAGCAAAGAACAGAGUAGUAUUAGUAUUACUUCUUCAGCUGAUCGCGAUGAUGAUGACGACGACCAGGGUUUUGUAAGGUCAACGUUGACCGACGAUGGUGAUUCGGUGAUGAGUAUGAAGGUGGAUGAAGCGACGCCAUUUUCAACUCCUUGUGCUUCGCCUUUGUACUUUACUCCUUCUCCUUCUCCAAGUCGUGAGGAGUUAAAACAGUUCUACUCAAAUGAAAAUAUUGGCCGAGUGGAAGAAGAGGCUGGUACCUUCCAUUGUAGCUUAGAUAUGAUUGGAGUUUGAGUGUGUUUGUUUGUUGAUAUAUUAUAUAUCAGUCGCCGGAAAAUAUUUACUCUGGCAAUUUCUUAUCGGAUUAUAUUGUAAAGUACUAAACACCAAGGCUGUGCCACGUCAGAGGAUCUAUUUUGACGUGGCAAGAUAUGAAUGGUUAAGCAGUUUUUUGACUUUUUUAA